AAAUCGAAGAGAUGAAUGAUUGUAUUGAGAUAUUUUAUAUAACAGUAUGACCGUCACGCCAAAGCGAGCGUGCUGUCAAACGUUACGGACUUCCUUGUUGUUGAUUUACAGACCAAACGAAACGGAAGAGGUUUCUUGCUCUACAAAACAUGCAAAAAGCCAAAGUUAGAAAAAUCAGCACAGAGACCCUCACUUCUAAUUUACCUGAAGAGCGAGGAGAACAACUUUGUGCCAUACUAGAUAAUGUGGAACUGACUCUUCUCUACAAAGCUUCAGUUCAUGGAUAUAAAGCUUCUGCCUUCCAUAAGCGAUGUGACCGCCAGGGUCCAACUUUACUUGUAGCCUACAACAAUUCAGGCUACAUCUUUGGUGGAUACACGAGUGUAGAUUAUGCUCGAAGUGGCCGGGAAAUUACAGAUGAGGAAGCUUUCCUGUUCAGCUUUAAAAGUGGAACCUCUAGCUACAUCAAAAUUAACAGUGGAUAUAAUGCACGUUAUGAUGACGCUAAUGGGCCAAACUUUGGUCAGCAGUUGUACUUUUGUCACAACAACCAACCAGUUGUGUAUCAUCAAGGAGGGCAUGCAUUCAGCAUCAAUACUUCAUCAAUGUAUGGCAAUGACACUCAGCUGAAUGAAUGUGAGGUGUAUAAAGUGGAACAGGAGCCUGAAGUCAGUGUUGAGGAGAAACCAUGGAGGAAUGUUUUAUGGACACCUGAACGAAGAGCAGAGCUCAUUGGAUUGAUCCAGAACCACAAACCACUGAUGACGUCUGUGAGUCAAGUCAGAAUCCUAAUGAUUGGUCCUGUAGGUGCUGGAAAAUCCAGUUUCUUUAACUCCAUCAACUCCAUCUUCACUGGUCAUGUGACUACUAAAGCCAUGUCAGGAUCUGCAGGCACAAGUUUAACUGUACAGUUUCGCACAUAUCCAGUGAAUGACGGUCGUGAGGGAAAGCCGUUGCCAUUUGUGUUGUGUGACACCAUGGGACUGGAGGAGCAAUCAGGUGCAGGACUGGAUAUUGAGGACAUCAGCAGCAUUCUUCAAGGUCACAUACCAGACCGCUAUAAAUUCAACCCCAUGGCACCGUUUCAACCUGAUGAGCAAAAGGCCUCCAGACCUGCAUCUCUACAGGAGAAGAUCCACUGUGUGGUGUACGUGAUAGACGCCACCAAAAUCUCCAUCAUGCCUGACAAACUACAGGAAAAACUUGCUUCCAUACGCAGAAAAGUGAACUCACUGGGCAUUGCUCAGAUCGUCUUGAUGACCAAAGUAGAUGAAGCAUGUCCUCUAGUGGAGGAAAAUCUUCAAAGCCUUUACGUCAGUUCCUACAUCAAGUCAAAGGUUCAGGAGGUGAGCUCUCGGUUGGGUGUGCCGGUGUCUUGUGUGUUACCGGUGAAGAACUACAGUCAGGAGCUGGAGCUGGAGCUCAACUGUGACGUCCUGCUGCUCACCGCUCUACAGCAGAUGCUUCGCUUUGCAGAUGAUUAUUUUGAUGAUAUACGUUCUGUGGAGGGCAACCCUAAAUAAAGUUCUUUCUCAGUACUGCUGACGACAGAUUAGAAAAAGGCCAAAUCGAAAGCACUGUGAUUCAUUUACAUAACACAAAUUCUCUGUCAUUUGCUUUUAUGCAGAAACAUUCUCUACUCUUAUGGUAUAGCAUUUCAUUGAGCUACAAAAAAGUUUACUUUUUAUAUCUUAUAUUAAGCAUACAGUUACGUCAGUACACUUGGUCUUGAAACUUUCACUCAAUUUGUGUAAUUUCUCUGUACUUUUACUUUUUUGCUUCUAUCAUAGUGUAUUUUGAAGGAUUGUAAAUUCUUCAUUUUUGUUAUUACGUCCUGUGAUUUUAUGAUCUGUAUGAGGACUAAUAAAGUUUGACUGUUUUGUAGGCUUGGCAACAGGGAAAGCACUUGUAGCACUGAUUGUUUAAAUAGACUAGUUAACAUAAAAAUAUAAUCAGUAUAUAAACUUAAAAUAAACUAAUGAAAAUCUGCUACCCACCUUAUAUAUAUAUUGUUACAUUCCCUGUGCCAUGAUUAGGUAUAAAGUAUAACACUAGAAUGACAUAAAUAUAGGCAUUAAAAAGAAAACACGGUUUUUGAUUCUGUGCCUCAAGUUUCUUUCAUAACUGUGCAAGAUUAAAAUAAAAAUAAACACUC